AUGAGGGACGAAAUGUCCAAUGGAAGCUUCAUGACUGAAUUCCUCCUCCUGGCAUUCGCAGACACCCGGGAGCUGCAGCUCUUGCACUUCUGGCUCUUCCUGGGCAUCUACCUGGCUGCCCUCCUGGGCAAUGGGAUCAUCAUCACCGCCAUAGCAUGCAACCACCACCUCCACACCCCCAUGUACUUCUUCCUCCUCAACCUCUCCCUCCUUGACCUAGGCUGCAUCUCUACCACUCUUCCCAAAUCCAUGGCCAAUUCCCUCUGGGACACCAGGGCCAUCUCUUAUGGGGGAUGUGCUCUCCAGGUCUUUAUGUUUCUAUUUUUUCUAUCAUCAGAAUAUUUUCUUCUCACUGUCAUGGCCUAUGACCGCUAUGUUGCCAUCUGCAAACCCCUGCACUACGGGACCCUCCUGGGCAGCAGAGCUUGUGUCCACAUGGCAGCAGCUGCCUGGGGCAGUGGGUUUCUCAAUGCUCUGCUGCACAUGGCCAAUACCUUUUCACUGCCACUCUGCAAAGACAAUGCCUUGUACCAAUUCUUUUGUGAAGUCCCCCAGAUCCUCAGGCUCUCCUGCUCAGACACCUACCUCAGCGAGGUUGGGCUUAUUGCUUUUAUUGCUUUUCUAGUUUUCGGGUGUUUUGUUUUCAUGGUGCUGUCCUAUGUGCAGAUCUUCAGGGUCGUGCUGAGGAUCCCCUCUGAGCAGGGACGGCACAAAGCCUUUUCCACCUGCCUCCCUCACGUGGUCGUCGUCUCCCUGUUUAUCAGCACUGCCAUGGUUGCCUACCUGAAGCCGCCCUCCAUCUCCUCCCCACUUCUCAAUCUGAUGGUGUCAUUUCUGUACUCGGUGGUGCCUCCAGCAGUGAACCCCCUCAUCUACAGCAUGAGGAACCAGGAGCUCAAGGAUGCCCUGAGGAAACUGGAUCCUGAACUCCACCACUUUGUGGUCUCUACAGCCCCAUCUCAUGGUCACAAGGCCGCCUUUGACCUUCAGAUCCCCAACAAGCCCCUCCUUGUUGGUAUCAGGGUGAUUGAUGUCUCCCAUGAGGACCAGGGCCUGCAAAUGUGA